AGAGAGAGAAAAAAAAUACAACUAAAUCAGCGAUGUUCAUUGACGCAAGUUUGUACUGACAGGAAGAAACCAGACUGCAUGCAUGGCAGGAGGAAGUGUCGUUUUAUCUGACAGCAGCUGUAGAACAGCUCACCCCAUCUUCCUGUGGCUCCACAUACAACUCAUCUCCGAUCCUGGACAGACAGUGGAUGGCUUUUCCCAGCACUGGACGUGCGUAAGAUGUGAGGAACGCUGGCGUGAACUCACUCUCCUCCCAUCAGAGGAGAUUGAAGCAGCUGCUGAAGAAGAGGUGUGACUAAAACUGUGGACAUUUUAGAGAAAAGAGAGAUACUUUUACCAGAAGCAAGAAGAAGGUUUUUUUUUUUUUAUAAAAGAAGGACUUUUGCUGCAAGGUUUGAGAAGUGUUGGCGUGUGGAUGUCAAACGAAGGCUUGUUUGAGAAGAAACAGCAGGAAGAUAAGCGGUAAAAUGUGGGCCCUGGUCUACUUUUGUGGUGAGGAAGUGUUCGCAUGAUGGAAGGAGAUUGAAAAACUCUGUUUGAGCAAGCCAGCCUUCGCAGGAGUGUUUUCUACUACAGGUGGAUGAAAGGAGUGAAAUGAUCCCAGCACAGUGAAACCAGGAUUUAACACAGAAGCUUGAAUCUAGAUGUCUCAGUCAGCUCAACAAUCAGACUCUCAGGCCUUGCUGCAGUCUAUGCUGCAGAGACUGAAGCUCCAACCUGGAAGAGAGGGCCAGACGUUUUGUCAAGCACCCGUAUCCCCAUCUGCAACUCCUGCUCUGGGUCAAAAUGGUGAGCGAGGAGCAUCUAGCUUUCAGAACAUUGAAAGCAGAUCUGUAAAUGUGUUUAAUUUUAAUGGGAACACUUCAAAGGAGUUUACAGUCCCAGCUGUGAACAGUAACUCUGGCUUUGAAAGCUAUGAAAAACAGCAAGCGAGUCCUUCUGUUGAAGGGAACAGGAGUCCAACUUUUUUCCCUUCUCAGAAAGUCAGCACUGAUGGACAAUUUGGUGAGAAGAAAGAGUUGGGACAGACUCCACGGUCUGGGUUCUCCCCAACAGGUACGAGGCAACUUUUCCCAGUUAAACCACAAAAGGAUGUUAAACUUACCUUCUUCAAGAGGACUGAUGCUGAGAAGGAGAGCAUCGGCAGCUCCUUGAUGACGGGACAGAUCCCUGCUGAUACUGACAUUGUUUCAAAUGUGACACAAAACCAGAACCAAAUCCCUCUGUGGUCUGUGAAAGGAACAGAUAUUGGUGGAGGAUAUACUGGAUUCCAUGUUGGAAACGGAGGGAUCGGCAGCUUGGGACAAAAUAAAGACGUGCAAGUCUUCUCAAGCAGCCAAAUAACAACAAACACAAGGAGAAGACCGUCAUCUGAGAAUAAAACAAGGAGAUGGACGCAGAAGAUCAAAGAGAGAUUUAAGGACAGACAUGGCAACGCUGGAAAAAAAGGAAAAGAAGAAAGAUGUCCUCAACCGGAAACACAAAUAAUAAUGGCAGGAAUAGAUGGAAACAAAACAAGCAAUGAAACAGAAACAACAUUCCCUCCAUCAGCCUGCAGUGAUUCCAACAAUGUACAUCCUGCACAAGCAGAAGACGAGACUGCUGUAAUCAACAACAGGCGUAGCAGUGACGUGAACAUUGGCCUGGGGUCAUUCAACCUUCUGGAUGAGAUUGUCAGGGACAACCAUACGGUGGCUACAUUUAUUAACCCAAACCAACACGCUACCUCAGUAACUGAGAGACCAUCAGUUGACCCAUCAAGCCAACCCCAUAUUCAGCCAAAUCCUUCCAGUCUUAAUCAGUCGCCGGGGAGUUUGAAUCAGGCUGGGCUCAACCAUUGGAGCUUCAGGAGUCCAGAGUCCUCACAGUCAGCUCCUACUUACCCACCCAGAAACAUGGACCCUUCAGCUUUAAAGCAACAGUCUGACCAGUCGGAGCCGAUGGAAGACGGACAAAGUCGAUCGGAAAUGUUGUCCAAACUUCAGCUCAAACUGUCAGCAUUCGCAGAGCCAUCAGGGAAUCCGUACCAUUCAAUCGUGAGGAACAGGCUCCAGAUGAGUAGAAAGAGGCAACAUCAGCCAGCAGACAGGAGAGAGGAGAGGCUUCAGACUGAGAACAUGAGUGAUGGAGAAAACACAGCCGGGAUACUCUCAUCUUCAUCCUCAACCAACAUCCAACUGAUGGAAGAAUCAGUGGAGCCCCAGCAUGCAAACAUCUCACCUUCACAUGAGCAAAAGCCCCAACCAACCCCUCUGUCUCCAACAUCAUUUAAUCCCUCUGCACCUCCGCCUCGGAGUGUCCUCAGACAUGGCAUGAUGCACGACGCCGAAUCCUCAAUGGAAACGCUGACAAAACGGAGACGUGUGGAGGAGAAGCGCCGGGUUCAUUUUUGCGAGCAGGUGGUCACCAUAGCAUCUCCGGACAUGGAAGUUACAGACUCAGAGGAGGAUUCUGCAGCAGAUGAGGACUCUUUAUUUGAGCCGGACUAUGAUGGGAUGCAGGGAGAAAUAGACGAGGCUCUGCCAGCCAGACGUUCCAAUCUCCCUGCAUGGAUUAAGGCUUUGAAGAAGAUGAAUGCAGGGAAAAAGCACAGAUAGUGGCUGUAAAACAGAAAAUGACUAACAUCUGGUCCACUGGAUUACUAAUGUUUUUAAAAUAAAUUUGACAAACUUCAUAUUUAUAAUGUAGUUUGUUAAAAGCAUAUUUAUCUGGUUCUGAAAAUGACAGUAUUUUUAAUGUGUUUUAAGUGAUUUUAAACCAGAAGACAUCUGAGAUUGUUUGCUGACAUAAUUCUCUGAGUUAUUUUCUGUAGUUUUCCGGUAAUACAUGGAGAGAAUGACCAAAAAAAUCCAGCAGUGUGUGGCCUCUUCAGGCACAAUGUUCUGCUCAGAAGCUGCUUUAUUACCAGUCAUUCAGUUAUAUUUUCUACCAGCAGAAAUGAAGAUGAAAAGAAAUGAGGGAAACAUUUUUCUGCAAUUGUCUGAGAAUUGUGAUGUGUUCCUCUCCAUCUACGUCCUACAGGACAGCAGCUGUUUGCUGUCUGAUCUAACGUCUUUGUUACUGACGCUCAGUACAUAUCCUGUCUCGCUAUAAUGAUGCUCUGCCAGACCAUUAGAUCAACUGGCUCCCAAGGGAGGAAAACAGUAUUAGCUCAAGAUGCUGUUGAUGAUUCUCUUCUUCAUCAGUUCUCUAGCUUAGAUGUUUGCUUGAAAGCUUCAAGUGAAGCGUCCAAGUCAGUACUUUCUUCACCCUAUGAAGAAAAAAAAUGAUUAUGAGCAAUGGUGAAUUACAUGAACGUAUUAGUGACCGACGGUAAAAUGCACUAGGGAAAAAAACAUUUGGUGAAUCUUAAAAUGUUUUUAAUAUGUGCUUAUUGGCUUUUUUUGUGACUUAGAUCAGAGUAAUGGUACAGUUUGAAAACAAAUCCAUGCUUUUAUAUAAAUUAAAAAACUUUUGAUACCUGA